UCAGGAUGUUUGAUGGAUGGUCCCUUGAAGGUGGAUUCAGUGGCUUCAUGGUCCUGCUGCUCCUGACACACUGUCCCAAAGGUCAGGUGACUGGUCCACUCCAGCCAAUAGUAGCAGGGGUUGGUGAUGACGUAAUUUUGCCAUGUGUCCUGGACCCUCCAGUGGAUGCUAUUUCUACAGCUGUGGAGUGGAUGAGACCUGACCUGACACCCAAAUAUGUACAUGUGUGGCGUGCUGGUCAGGACCUGCUGGACAAGCAAAACCCUUCCUAUAAUGGAAGAACAUCAGUGUCCAUCAACAAACCAAAGCAUGGAGACAUUUUGCUGAAACUCUCCAAAGUGAAGCUCUCUGAUAAGGGAACAUACAGAUGCUUCAUUCCCAAAGUUAAUAGAGAAUCUACUGUUCACCUUGCUAUUCGUGAUAUAUCCUGGCCUGUCAUCACUUUAUCGUGGCAAGAAAUAGGAAGACCACUGUUACAGUGUGAGUCUAAAGGCUGGUAUCCAGAGCCUGAGGUGCUUUGGUUGGACGGUGAGGGAAACCUCCUCUCUGCUGGACCUACAGAGACAGUCAGAGGUCCUGAUGGUCUCUAUACUGUCAGCAGGGAAGUGACUUUGGAGAAAAGACGCAGCAACAGAAUCACCUGUAGAGUCCAACAGAACAACAUCAACCAGACCAGAGCAACACACAUUAAUAUCCCAGAUGAUUUCUUUCUGGUCCCGGCUGAUUCUGCUGUUCGCGUCAUCAUCUGCUUGGUUGUCUGCUUCAUGUCUAUAGCUGCCGCUGUCGUUGUUAUGUGGAAAUGGGGACUAAACAAUCAAAAAGGAUCACAACAUGGGAUCCCAUCAAUCCCCGACGUAGAACUUCAGCUUCUGAUGGAGGAACAACAAGAAGGAGAUCUGAUCCAGGCAGAAAAGCUUGUUAACAUGAAAAAAGGAAAACAUGAUGAAGCGUUAAAGAGCAAUACGGAAGACUUAAAGCAUGUGGAAGGUGUGAUUACAACACUGAAGGAACAGAAGAAGGAUCUGAAGGAACAGAGAGAGAAACUCAUCUCACAACUGCAGGAAGUGAAGACAAAGCUAAAGGAGAUCAAGAAAAAGCUGGGGGAUGGAGCAAAAGUGCAAAAAGGAAAAAAAGAAAUGAAGCAUAUAAAGAUCAAUGAGGAACUGGAACAGAGAAAGACAGAACUUGAGGAACUUUUAAAGAACACAGAGAAACUUCUGGAGACUACAGAGGAUUUGAUUAUUAGAAUGACAGAAAGGAAAGGAAAACUAGAGAACGACAGGGAACAAAUUGAAAAACAACUGAAUGAGAUAGAGACACAGAGAGAGGAGAUUCAGGGGAAACUUCAGUCAGAGAAAGCAGAGAAAUCAGAUGGUGAAUUAUCUAAAGGCGGAGAAUGAUUUUAUAACUUGAUCUUCAGUUAAAAUCACUAAAAUCGUAAACAGUAGAUGGAUGACUAAACCUUGAUGAUGAUGAACAUUUGAGCUCUGAGUAUCUUCAUUUCUUGAUACGGUAAAUUAAAGUGAAUUCGACCCGGAUACGCAGACUAUGGGGUUAUGUUAAAGAUAUUGUGUAUUGAACAAAGAUACAGGACAUUAAGACCUGAAGCAAAAGAUCAGUGAUGCCAUUGCCACCAUUGAUGAGGCUAUGCUACAGAGAACUUCCAAUAUCUACUCCUCAUUUUGUAAUAAUUUCCACAAAUUUGUCUAUUAAUUUGCUUUUGUAAUGAAUGUGUUAAAUUGUAAAGAGACUUUAUGGACACCCUGUAAUAUACUAAUCAUUUCUUGUUGUCAGAUAAUCCUUUUUCUAAACAUGAAAUAACAUGAAAAACCAAGUUCACUGAACCUUGUUGACUGUCAUA